AUCCUGGUGCAGGAGAGAAAUGAGAGGCUAUUCUACAAGCUUCUUAUGGAAAACGUGGAAGAGCUUCUCCCGGUAGUUUAUACUCCAACAGUAGGUGAAGCAUGCCAGAAGUAUGGUAGCAUCUUCAGACGACCUCAAGGCCUUUUUAUCAGCUUGAAAGAAAAAGGCAAAAUUCUUGAGGUAUUAAAGAAUUGGCCUGAGAAGAAAAUUCAAGUUAUUGUUGUAACUGAUGGAGAACGAAUAUUAGGCCUUGGAGACCUAGGUUGCCAGGGAAUGGGGAUACCAGUAGGGAAACUCUCUUUAUACACCGCUCUUGGAGGCAUUCGGCCGUCAUCUUGCUUGCCAGUAACCAUUGAUGUGGGUACAAACAAUGAGAAAUUGUUAAAAGAUGAAUUUUACAUUGGGCUCAGACAAAGAAGAGCUAGAGGACAGGAAUAUGCUGAACUCUUGGAUGAAUUUAUGUCUGCUGUCAAGCAAACUUACGGAGAGAAAGUGCUCAUUCAGUUUGAAGACUUUGCGAAUCAUAACGCAUUUGACCUUCUUGCGAAGUAUGGAACUAGCCACCUUGUUUUCAAUGAUGACAUUCAGGGGACUGCAUCUGUGGUCCUAGCAGGGAUCAUGGCAGCACUAAACUUAGUGGGGGGAAACUUGGCACAGCAUAAAUUUUUAUUCCUGGGAGCUGGAGAGGCUGGUACCGGGAUAGCAGAACUCAUAGCUCUUGAGAUGUCAAAGCAGACUGGAGCCCCUCUAGAAGAGACACGCAAGAGAACCUGGAUGGUGGAUUCUAAGGGGUUGAUAGUUAGGUCUCGUAUGGAGUCA